AUGUCUGGCUGGGUGAAUCCCAAGGAGUUUUCCAGCGAUGACCUCGCUGACCUCCAGCGCUUGCUGGAUGAGCGGGAGCCCCCCAAGACCCCGCCGAACAAAUUUGCCUCCAACGACUCCGCAGCUCUCUCGACAAGCGAUUAUUGUCAACGUCGGGUCAAGCAAGAGCACCAGCAGCCCCAGCAAGUGGAAGGGAGCCCCGUCAAUAGUCCAGAAACUCCCCGAAAGCGCCGCCGCAAAAGCGCCGAUGAAGACCCGGAGCAAUACUCUGAGCGUGCUCGUGAGGAAGCCUUGAGUAGCAAGACCAAGCGCACUCGACAGGCCUGUGACCGCUGCAAGGUUCGCCGACUUCGCUGCGACAGUGAUAUCCAAGGCUGCCUGUCCUGCCGAGCGGCCAACUUGCCCUGCCAGGUGACUGACGUAGUCACCGGCGAGACCUGCGUUCGUGGCGAGGCUGGCCGUCUCAAGGAAACCGUCAAUGAGCUGGAAGAGAAGGUCAAGGCAUUGGAUAAGGAGAACAUCCGGCUGUCCAAGGAGAACGAGCAUCUGCAUAUCCAGCUGAACAACUACCAGCAACAGCUUCAGCUAUUCCAGGAGCCUUUCCAGGUAAGACAUCCCCCUGUUCAGUCCAACAACUCAGAUCGGGGUUUGGUAAAGCUGAACAGCGGGGUAUGUCGUCGCGAUUCUGAGCCCGAGCCCGAGCCCGAGCCCGAACCCUAA